AGGUGCGAUAUUAUUAAUAUUAAUAAACUGUUUGAAUGGAAUGUCGAAGAAAAUGGCGUUAAUAAUUCCUAUCUGAGUAAUUUUACCACUGAGAAAGGGCACAAACUAACAACAUGGAAAUUCCAAUCGAUCUGAUAAAGCAGGUACAGAUCUCGCUCCGGAGCCACGCCAGUCUCUCCUCCUACGACCCAAACGACAACUCCUUCCCCAUUCUCCCUUCCCUGGAAGAAGCUCUAGCGUCCCUUGAUCCCUCGCCGCCAUAUCUUCGCUGCAGGCAUUGCAAUGGUAGACUCCUUAGGGGCUUACAGUCUUUCAUUUGCGUCUUAUGUGGUGGAGAAGCAACUAAGGAGGACCUCCCACCUGAACCCAUCAAUUUUCGAAACACUCUUGGUUAUCAAUGGCUUCUUCAGUCCUUGAGUUUGGAUGGAUCGGAGACCGUGUCAUCACCUGUUGAAACCAAUAAUUCACACCGAGGAAGGAAUGCACCGAAAGAUGAAUUCCCAUUGUCUGAACUUUUAGAUCUAGAGAUAAAAUGGCCUUCUGAAUCGGAGAGAUUUGAAUCUCGUUUCCUAAAGGAGACGCCAGAUCAGAGCAAAAGCUCCUUAAAUUUGUCAGGAGUCAGGCUUGAGAAUUUUUUUGCUGAAGAAAAGAAUGGCGAUGCUUCUGAUGCGACUGUAGAGUCAUCAGUGAGUACCAACCAGGUCAAUACCAAACACAGUGUACAGGGUUAUGGAAAUCUUGAUUUGUUUGAGAAUGCUCAGCAUUUUGAAACUGCUGUUCUAUCUAAUGAAGGUGAGAGUAAUGUCUCUGAUUCUGGUUGGGGUGCAAAUUUUCAAUCUGCUUCUUCUGCAAUGCCUAAUGAGGAAGCAAAACCGAUUGACCCUUUUGUGGGUUCUGUGGAUCUUUCCAAUCACAUGGAUGAAGUAUUUGGAGCUGGAAAAGACAAGAAAGAUGUAGAGACAACAGGAUCUUCAUCCAUGGCUAGUGAGUGGUUUGAUGAUUCUUGGAAUAAUUCCAAAUCUGGGUUAACUGGUCCUUCAGAUGAGUUUAAAACGAACACAAAUGUGAAUACUGGAAGCUUGGUGGAAAAUGUGAGUUAUUCUUCUUCAAAGCAUGUUGAUUGGGUCCAAGAUACUAGAUGGCAAAGUACUAGCAACAAGUUGCCUGACAGUAAGGCUGAUGAGGGACAUGAUUCAUUUGAUGAUUGGAAUGACUUUACCAGCUCAACUGUUACAAACAAUCCUCCUAAUAGUUCUUUGAAACAAACCUCGGUGCCUUUUGAUGACAUGACAUCAGAAGUAAAUUUGUGUAGCUCAACUAAUCACCAACCGGAUAUAAACUUGUUCGAUAGCCUUUCACAACAAGGUGUCGUUUCAGCAGCAUUUAGCAGUCCAACUGGUUCCACAGAAGGGAGUAAAAUGCUGUCAGAAGCCUCUAGUUUAGACAGGACAUCUGGUGAUAAUACAAUGGUUGGAGGGAACCCAGAAGAUGUCGAGAAGGGCAGAAAUGCAGAAAUCAAGUCUGGGGCAAAUGAUGUUGAUAUGUUGCUAUCUCAAAUGCAUGAUCUUUCUUUUAUGCGCGACAGCAAUCUUUCAGUCCCUUCCUCCCAAGUAGAGGGCUUCAACUCAUUAUCUCAAAAUUGAGGCCUAAUAUUCUCCAUUGUUAUAUCUGAUUAUGUAAUGUUUAUUCUUAGAUCUGUUUUUUCAAUUGUCAUACUAAACUAUUUUUUUGACAUA